AUGGAUUACGAAGGAGACAUCAUUGAUGAGGAUAGCCUGACUCCUAGGGUCUUUGAUCGGACGAAAAAAAGCAUGGGCAUGGGGAAUUUCAACAUGAAGAACUUCAACAUGGAGAAGAACGAGGCGGAGAAUAGCCCAAGUAAAAAACAAACAAACAGAAAAAAGUGCAGAAGUUCUAACAUCGAAGAAGGGGAUAACAGAUCGGUCACUAAAAUUAAGCGAGUCAAAAAGGACAUUGCAAAAACGGGAGAUGAUCACAGCAAUAUGCAGAAAAUGGAAGGAAUUUACAAAAAUGAAUGCACAGAUGGGGGAGGAGACAAAACGAACAGUCGGGACAACACAAACACGAAUGGUCGCUUUACAACAAACACGGCGGAAAAAACCGAAUCCUCUUUUAUGAAUAACGGAUGGCAAACACCAAAAAAGAGCAACGUAGGAAUGUACUAUUCUGGUAUUGAUAAUCCGUCAACUUUGAAAAAAUACAAAACGCCGUGCGAAAUGGAUAUGAUAAAUCCCGAUGAAAGCUUAAUAGGUAAUAAGUGCAUUACUAUUAACAAUUAUGUGAACCCUCCAAAAUAUGUAGCCCCUGUUGUCACGCCAAGCAAAUUUCCCCUGUCAGGGGAAAAUAACCCCCACAUGACCUAUGACGACUUCCGCUCCCUUUUCAAGCACAAUGCGUGCAUCAUAAGUGAGCACGAAUUUAACAGCAAGAAAAAUUCCAUUCAAGCAGACAACUACGAAAAUAAAUACAUAGACUGUUUCACGUCAAACUAUGAAAACAACUCAUGGCCAAAUAAGAAGGAGGUAUCUCCAUCCUUAAGUAGAUCCAACACGAAAAUGUUGCAAACCAGUAAGGAAUCCCCCAGGAGUAAGAAGAGGAAGGUGGAAAAUGGGACCAAUGUGAACACCAAGAAGAUGCUCAACAUGUUGGCCGAGUCUGAUAAGAAUAAACGCCACAAGGAGAAUGGAGUUAACAGUGGAACCAGCGCCAACAGCGCUAGAAGUGGGUAUAGCGGUUAUAGCGGUAAAAGCGGGCAUAGUGGACAGAGCGGCAGAAGCGGCCAUAGCGCAAACAGCACCUACAGCACCAACAGCACCAGCACCAACAGCAAUAGCCCCAGCAAAAGCCCACAAAAAAGUAGUAGGGACCAGGACCCCGAAGGGCGAGAAGACGAGAACACCCACACAAAAUGGAUCGACUACGAAGUCAACCCCGUUAUUAUAAAAGGCAGCAACAAAACCGAAAGAGACGCUGCAUCUAUGGACCAGAUGUCCAAACAGAAACAGAACCCGUUGACCCCAAUUUAUGAACCCUAUUCCAAAGAUCUGGACACCUUAUUUGAUAUAAGUCAGGUAGAAACCCCAGCCAUCCUGCUAGGAAUAUACCGAGGUUUGUUAGUGGCCGUGUCGAGAAGAAACCAAAUGAAUGUACCCGCCUUUUAUCAGCUAGUGAAACAAGAAGUGGUAGGGUUAAGUAACUGCCCAUCUUUUACCAUAGAAUCAUUGAAAAAACUGGCAUGGAUAGCACCCAAUUUAAUACAGCUAAAUAAGGUAGUCAUAACGAAGGAGAUUUUUGAACAGCAUCAACAAGCUUACCCCGAAGGAAUUAACCCCGAUUUUUAUUGCCCCAAAUAUUCUGAACUUAAAAAAUGGCAUUCAAAUUUUAACUUUAAAGAUAUCGUAUUCCCAUCUGUUACGUUGGAAGAAAAUAAAAUUUUGGCCCAACUAGCACAGACUCCUCAGGAGAGCAAUGCAGAUGACUUUAUUGUUAUCCAGGACAGCCCCAUAAAAUGUGCUACCAACGAUUUUAGGAAAAAUGGAACCUUUGUAAAAGAUAUGCUAAAGGAGAAAACAAGGACUCCUUUGGGAAGAAACAGAAGAAAAUCAACCAUCCUCGGUGGGGGAAGUCCAUUCGCUAGCUCCUUUAAUCAUAAUAACAACGUGGCGGACUCUCCAAGGAAAAAGGAAACAAAUAACAUGAAACAGAUAAGGGAAGAAGCAAACAGGAAAACUAUCAUAAAAGAAAUUAAAACAGAAUUUGAUAAAGAACACGAAACGGUAUUGAAUGAAAAAAAAAAAUUUGAAGAUGCAACAUGGAUUGCAGAGAUUAUCCACGACACAUUUAUAGUCGAAGGAAUCCAAACAGUGAUAGAAAUCAACACCUUCUCCAAGAAAGUUGCAGAUAAAUAUAAAACGAAUAAAGGUUUCCAAAUGGAUGAGGCCAAAAUAGCACAGCUUAUAGAAAUGCUACCACAGUACGUCUCCGACAUUAACUUAAAGCCUAGUAUGAUGGAUAGAAAUAAAAUGACCUUGUCCGUCAAAUGUAAGAAAAAUCUCGGAACCUUCCUGGAGCCACUUACCAACAAAAUUAACGACCUUUCUCGCAAAUACCAAGAUUUGAAAAAGAAUAAGGAAAAGAGAUUAAACGAGUUAUGGAAACAGCACAACGUAGGUUUUGAGCUCAACGAGAAGAUUAAGAAGUUCUUUUUAAAUCCCAGUUCGGUGUGCUUCUCGGAAAUUUAA